AUGUCUACUUUCACCACAAAAUGCUUUGGGGAGUCUAACUCCACGGAGUACAGAAUGUAUUUCUUUUCCGAACAUGGUCCUAUUUCGCCUUUCCACGACAUUCCUCUCCACCACGAUUCUUCAAACACCUUCAACAUGGUUGUUGAGAUACCGCGAUGGACUAACGCCAAGAUGGAAAUAUGCAAAGAGGAGCUCUUAAAUCCAAUCAAACAAGACGUGAAGAAGGGAAAACUGCGAUAUGUGAAUAAUGUUUUCCCACACAAAGGCUACAUUUGGAACUAUGGUGCUCUUCCACAGACCUACGAGGAUCCUGCUUAUGUUGAUCCCAAUACCGAGGCUAAGGGUGACAACGAUCCAAUUGAUGUCUGUGAAAUAGGGAAUAAAAUCAUUCCAAGUGGUAGCAUUAUCCAAGUCAAAGUUCUUGGCAUCCUUGCCAUGAUCGAUGAAGGCACGUAUCAUAAGAUUAGUGAAACAGACUGGAAGGUGAUCGCCAUCAAUGUAGAAGAUCCGCUCGCGGAGAAGCUCAGUGAUAUUAAAGAUGUGGAGCAUCACAUGCCUGGUUUCUUGGAUGCUACUAGAGACUGGUUCCGCAACUACAAGGUUCCAACCGGCAAACCUAAGAAUUCAUUUGCUUUCAAUGAGGAGUAUAAGGACAAGGAAUUCGCCCUUAAAAUGAUUGCCGAGACUCAUGAACAAUGGAAGCAUCUCGUGCUUCAGCGUUCUGAGUCAUCAGGACUCUUCAGGCAGAAUGUGACCCACGUGGCCAGUCCCUACCACAUUUUGCACGAGGAGGCCAAGGCUGAGGUUGCUAAGCUGCCACCAUUCAAACAAGGCAAGGAAGUUGGCGACCCUGCAGUGGAAGAAAUUCACUUUGUACCCGCUUGA